CGUGCCGCGAAUCUUCUUCGUACGGGUGUCUUCGCGAUACGCCUAAAUCGAUGCGAAUUUCAUUCAAUUUCUUUGUGUUUCUAUCGGGUGUCUUCUUCCGGACGGCGCUCUCCGUCGUCAUCCUUGCGUACUCGUCCUUUGUGAUUUGUGGGAUCAAGUGUGCGGGUAGGGAACCCGUUAGUGGUGCGCAUUUGGUGAACGUUUUUGGGGGCAAUGAUGAUGGUUUUUUUCCCUGCUCCAUACCGGCGACGAUUAUCUCAUUCGGUCUGCGCGUAAUACCGUGUCUCUGGCUCUCCCCCCGGCCAGUGCACUGAUCCGAUUUAUUGAGACCAUCAGGCCCCGUUCGUCGGUGAAGUGUGGCCAAAACAGCCAGCCAGUCAGCCAGCUUAGUUAGAGUAUUAAAGUUGUCUAGUUAAUGAGGAGGUGUGCCGCUUGGUUUCGUCACGGAACGCAGCACACAAACAUCGGUUCUAAGCGUUCCGGAUGUCGAACGCACAAAAACGUGUGGUGGUGUUACGUGUCCGUGAACAGUACUCGCGAUUGACGUGAAACCCUCAGUUAACACAUGUACCCAUGUUGUGUAAAAUUUGCCGGGGGGUAAACCUGAUAAGGAUAAAGUUAUUAAGCUUCGAUAGCUGUUGCAAUAGCAAUCGAUAGCAAUUAUUCCGUCAUUCUUGUGCCGGUGACCGCGACGACGAAUCGGUCAACCAACCAAAAUCGGUUUGGUUUCUAUUGGUCACGGAAGUUGGCAAAACUUACUUCGGGUUGGUGGAGGCUUUUAAAAACAAACAACCGUGGAUUAGUGCCGCUUUCGAACCAUCAUCCGUCCCGCUGAGAUAUGCAACACGGGCUCAGUGCAAGAGACCGUAUGGGUGGCGCGAAACUGCCUUUCGCAUCGUAAAAAUACAAAAACACGCCAUCGACGCUUGGAUUUAGUGGCAACAUGAGGAUAGCCAUGCACAGGCGUUUCAUUAGAUAGCGAUUGUAGCGAGCAACAGCAACAUCGGAUCGCCCAUCGACCAGCCCAGGAGAGCCAACUAGCAGCCCAGCCGCACACUAACUGCGUUUGUUUAAAACUGAUAGAAGAAACAUUUUACAGCAGCAAGUCAUCUCUAAAGCUAUAAUAACCGAGCAGUCAAACUUCCGCAUCGCGCUUGUUCAGUUACUACUUGUCCAGGGCCAUAAAGUGAUCUAGUGCCAAAUUUUAUCGAAUAAGAAGAAGCGAGAGAAGUCAGUCAUCCAAAAAGUCAACGCUAGCUGUGCAUCGGAAGCGAUACGCUUAAGAUUAACAGACACCGGAAACAAGGGGCAAAGGUCUCUGCAAUAAGGCUGCCGGAAGGAAGCGUGUACUAUACAAGAAGCCCCAUACCGCUGUCUCAAAGACGCUACGGAAAAGAAACCAAACGAUCAUCUGCAGUCUCGUUCAUGUGAGGAGAGAGGACACGCAAACGCGAUUUGACAACCGAAGAGGCGAUUCCAGGAAAGGCGGCAUCACAUAGUAACCGUCACAUCUAACUAGUCAAUCAGGAUAGAAACUGAAAUACGGCAGCAUAUAUCCGCUCUUUUGCUCUCUCAGCCUAAGCUCGUACACGAACAGGCCAUGUUUUUAUGCUAUUAACGUUUCCUUGGAUGCCCAGCCUUCUCUAAUCGUUAAGUCAUCCGGUGAAAAUCCGAUAAUGAUACGGAUGCAACCAAUCGAGUCCAGCAUCCUUUGACGGAGACUGUGCGAAUCGUGUAGAUAAUUUGCAGAGCAUCUUCGUUCGGUAGAAGAAUCUUGUUCGUUUAGUGUCUCGAAAACAAAGCUCUGUAAAGGAAACAGAUUUAAAUAGCCAGGAUAUCAAAUUCUCAAAGUACACACACACUCACAUACAUAAAAACGCCGGUGACAGAGAACCCGGAAAAACCGUUCGCUUCCAGCCGCCCAAAAACCGUCAUUAUGCCAGUGAGAAAGCUUUUCUGAUUCCUUCCAAAACUACGUCAACCACGCAAAAAGUUAAACGCAAUUCUGAAUCGCGACGGAAUUGUUAUUGGGGUUGGCGCGCAUUUUCGUCUGCCUGACGAGGACACCCAGCAAUAGCAGUUUGUCGUUGUAGUGAUGGGUAACAAAACGUCGUGCUGCUCGUACUCGAGCCCACCGCCAGAGCGUAGGAAACCGAAGGAAGCGCCCGUGUUCGAAGAGCAUCUGCCCGAAGGUGAACUGUCGACCAACAAUCUACAGCACAUCUCAGAGCGAGAGGGCGAUGAUGGGGAGCAUGAUCCAUCCGUCGAUCCGUCCGCCGGUACGAUGUUUCUCGAGCGUUCGAAGCAGAGCCUGGAGAAUGGAAUGACCCGGAAAAAGUCACAGCAUCAGAUUGCACCACAAUCAGUCGGUGGUGCCGGUUCAGGAGGUGCAGGGGGUGGCGGUGGUGGAGGUGGUGGUGUUCUCAAGAAGAGCAGCAGUUGUUCGACCAUCUACUUAGACGACAGUACGGUCUCGCAGCCGAACCUCAAGAACACCGUC